AUGAGGAUCUCAUGGCGACUGGGUAUGGGGCACGUUGAAUCGGUGGAUGACUACGUCGGAGUUCUUGUGCCCUUGGAACAGGCCCAUCUCUAUGGCCAAUCGGCCAAGUCAGGCAAGAAGGCAAGGUCUCAAACCCAGGAUGACGACCAACUAGAUGAUGAGGAAACCAAGGAUGGGGACUAUGAGAUGCAGGGCAUGCUCCAGAAGAAUGUCGGCGGGUACACCAUCGAAGGCCUGCGCAGAGAGAUGAGAGAAGGGCGACAGGGACGGUGGACAACAUAUGAGAUCAAAUCGAAACUCAUCAACAAGGCGAUUGGAGAUAUCGGGAUGGGAAGCUACAAUUGGCAACUCUUCACCCUCUGCGGCUUUGGGUGGCUAGCCGAUAAUCUAUGGCUACAAGGUGUUUCUCUAACUCUCCCAUCCCUCUCAGCCGAAUUCGGCGUCCACGAGAAGACAGUCCGAUACACGACGAGCGCCCUCUUCGUCGGCCUCUCGGCGGGCAGCUUCUUCUGGGGCAUUGGCUCCGACUUCCUCGGGCGCCGCAUCGCCUUCAACACGACGCUGCUCAUCACCAGCGUCUUCGGCAUCAUGGCCGCCUACGCGCAGAGCUGGGGCGCCGUCUGCUUCCUCUUCGGCGCCCUUGGCUUCGGCGUCGGCGGCAGUCUGCCCGUCGACGGCGCCUUGUUCCUCGAGUUCCUGCCCGACGCCUCCAGCGCCCUGUUGACCCUGCUCUCCGUGUGGUGGCCGAUCGGCCAGCUCGUCGCGUCUCUCGUUGCGUGGUACUUCAUCGCGCGCUGGCCGGUUGAGCAGGGCUGGCGGUAUUUUGUCGUCACCAUUGGCAUCAUCACCUUUGCCAUGUUCGUCAUUCGGUUCUUCAUCUUCCACCUCUUCGAAUCGCCCAAGUUCCUCCUCAACAAGGGCCGUCAGAACGAGGCCGUCGCCGUUGUCCACGGCCUCGCGUUCCGCAACCACACCAAGACUUGGUUGACGUCAGAGCUCCUCGAUCAGGUCGCCUGCAGCGACGACGAGCCAGGCAGCUCCAGUGCCGUGUCGCAGAUACCCUCACACGCCACCUCCGGCGUCAUCAUGGGGAAGCUCAAGGGUUUCUCCGGUGAGCGGCUUAAACCUCUGUUUAAGACGAAGACCCUAGGGAUAACCACGGUGCUCAUCUGGUUCUGCUGGGCGACCAUAGGCAUGGGCUACCCCCUAUUCAACGCCUUUCUCCCUCAGUACUUUGCUCGCACGCACGCUGAUGCCGAUGCCGAUUCAUUCCAGUCCGAGACGGCUGCCAUCUCUGCCGCAACAUACCGAAACUAUGCCAUAACGUCCAUCAUGGGCGUCCCUGGCAGCCUUCUAGCCGCCUAUCUCGUCGAUCACCCGUCCCCUUUCCUCGGUCGUCGUGGCACUCUCGCCAGCUCCACUUUCAUCUCGGCCAUCUUCCUCUUUCUCUUCGUCAUCUACGGCACCACCCCAUCCACCCAGCUUUUCUUUUCCUGCGUCGAGGCCUUCUCACAGAAUAUUAUGUAUGGCGUUCUUUACACAAUAACGCCAGAGAUAUUCCCCGCGCCAGUCCGCGGCGCGGGUACAGGUGUCGCGAGUUUCCUCAACCGCAUCACUGGCCUAAUGGCCCCCGUGUUAGCUGCCACGGUCCCGGGAGAUGGCGCCACCACACCCAUUUACAUGUCCGCAGCGUUGAUCCUGUCAGCAUUUAUUGGCAUGUGCAUGAUUCCCAUCGAGACUAGAGGCGCCGAAAGGCUGUAA